AAAUUUUUAUUCCAGAUAUUACAUACAAUAAGGAAUAGGUUUAAAAAAAAUAUAGUAGCUUUAUAUUGAUUCAUAAUUACUGUGUUUGAUAAAAAUAAUUUAUACAAUGGAUAAUUAUUGUGCUCCACAGUGGGUAGAUUUUACAUGUAGUCCACAAGUACCAUCUGAUGAUUAUUUUGAAAAACAUCAUGAAAUUUAUGAACCUAAGUUACGUACUAAAGUAAUUGAAGAAAAUAUCAAUUCAGAUAAUGAGUUGUCAGAAAUUAUUGAAACACCCAGAAAAUCAGUGCAAUCGAUAAAAGAAUCCAUCAAAUCUAUAUCUACUGAAAAUUUAGAAACAGAAAUAAGUAAUAUUAAGAAUACACCGAUAAAAGUAAUAUAUCCUUUACCUUAUAAUAAUAGUAAACCAAGAAUUAUAAAGGAGACGAGUUAUGACAAUGUAAUGAAUAAUGCUAUGCAGCUUUGUAAAGAUUUAAUAAUUAAUGAUAAAGAACAUACUGACGUAUUAUCAACAGAUGAUCUAUUUAAAAAACCAAUGCCAGUUAAAACGAAAACGUUCAAGCCUGUGAGAAUUCGUGAAAUUGAGAAUUCUUUUUCAGAGUCAAUUCCUGAAGGAAUGAUGGACAGUGAAAAUAAUAUACAUAACGGAGAAAUAAACAAUACAUCUUUAAAUGGUGUUAAUAUGAAUAAACGUGGCACAAGUUCAUCGAAAAAAGUUAUAAAAGAUGUUGGUAAAAUAUCGAAAACCGACGAUCAUUUGAAAUGUAACAUGUCAGAAAAUAAUAUCUUACAAAAUGAUCGUUCUAAAAUAAAUUUAGAUAGCAAAAGUUUAAAAUUGAAGUCUUCUAAUUUGAAACAACAAUCUUCUCUGGUAAACAAAUAUUCAAUUUCAAAGAUAAACACAUGUAAUAGACCUGUAGUAAGAAAUAAUCAAGAAAAAUCAAAACCUAAGCAAAUAGAAAAGGAUCAAACCAAAACAAAAUUUUUACGAUCCAACUCUGCGGAUUCUUCAUCAGUUUUACAUAAUAAAAUUACGCAGAAAAAUAUUAAAGUUACAGAUGCAGAUAGUACAGUUAAAAUAAAACAAACUUCAAGAUUAUAUUCUUCUUUUUCCAAAGAAGGAAAAGUACUUAGUCAAAAGAAUAAUGCAUCCAAAAAAAUGGUUACUACUGUUGUAGGUAAUAACGGAUCAGAAAUUAUAAUUAAAAAAGAAAAAAUUCUAUUUUUUGAUAUUCCUAUACACACUAAACAAAAAAAGAUUACGUGUCCGAUACCUUUCAGUUUUGAAAAUCGCGAUAAAAUGAAAAAGCAAUUAAAGCUAGAUCAAUCAGAGUCCAAAUCCAAGUCAGUCCCUAAUCUAAAAUUAUUAGAUUUUAGUAAAUCUCAAAAAGUUAUGAAUAAAUUACCAAGUACAAAGAAAAACACACUUAGGGGUUUUUCUAGUAACAAAGAUAUUAACGAAAAAAUAAAAGAUAUUAAACAAUUAGAAAGAAAUAAAAGUAAUAGUACAUCUUACAUGCAUUCUACGCUUCCAUAUAAACCAAUGAAAACUAAUUAUUUAAUGAAAGACAAAAUCGAAAAAAAGAAAAUUCCAGAUAGUCAGAAUAAAAAGGAUGCAAAUCAGAUAAAAAAACCAUUAGCACCUAUUUCUUGUAAAAAUAUUCAAACUAACAUAAAUUUAAAAGAUAACAAACAGAAAACAUUAGAAAUAAAUAAAAAAUGUAGCGAGAAAGAGAAUAAACAACCUAAUAAUUCUACGUUUAUUACAAAUACUAGUACUUUAAAUCAGAGCAAAGUAAUCAAGUCAAAAUCUUCUGUGAUUAAAACAAAUAUCGAAAGGAAAGAAAAACAACGACAUGUAAUAGAAGAAAAGGUGAAGGAAAAGAGAACUUUACUAGAGGAAAAACUUAAAAAAGAAAAAGAAGAGAAGGAAGCUAAGGAAAAAUUGGAAAUAGCAAAACUUCGAAAGCAAACUGAAAUAAAAGCUAGACCAAUGCCAGUUUAUAAACCACUUAUUCGUGUAAGGUCUACAAAACCUUUAACCAAACCACAAAGUCCAGCAUGGUCAAGUAAGAAAAAGGUUGAAAAAUCAACUUUGUAGUUUUGUUCAUGUAAUCGUAUGUAUUAAUCAUUUAUAAUUCAUUAUUGUCUAUAUAUUAUUAUAUAUAUAUAUAAUUUAUUAUUCAU